AUGUCACGUACCUUCGGAGUCACUUCUACAGACGCCACAUUCCGGCAAAAUGUCUUUCAAGAAUCGCCAUCUAAGCAUUUCCCCUUCGUCAGGGGAUGCGUUACAGCAGGGGUUCAGUCUCCUAUGCGAGACGUCCUGAUCUUCCUCCCGAAACACGCAACCCAUAGCGUCUUCUGGAAGGGGAAGCUCAUUCCAUCAGCGUCAAUGGUAGGCAUCGUUAUUGCUAGAAAUGAUCCUGGUCGGUUUUGGCUCGGGUCAGCACGUGAUAUCGCAUCGUCUCUAUACCGAUUCGGAUACCACGCCGAGACGGAUCAGCAGCUUCUACGAAAGUAUGCUGACGCCUCCGUCCGAUCUUACGAAGGGUACUGUAGCAUCAAUCACCUUGGUAGGCUCAAAUCUCGAGAGGACCUUGAUGGUUACAUUGGAAGGGAGUGGCGCGACUGCAAUACGAAGUCCGUGAAGGACCUCGUACAUAACGGCAACCGCCAUGUGGCUCCCCAGUUCCUGCCGGGGACUGGACGCACAUCUGUGCACUAUUUGGCUGGCGUCGAGCUCGGGUGGAUGGGGGGAAGCACCAUCCAUCAAUUUAUGGAAUUUCACCUCUUCUCUAGCUUUUCCUCCCCCUUAUUUGGAGACAGCGUCGGCAGUCGACGAAAAGAGUCUUGGUUCUGCUCCGAGUCUAGAUCGGAGCACCGCAAAGCGCUUGUUACGCAGGCCCUCCAGCAGAUCGGAGCAGACAGACACAUUCCAAAUGCCGGACCCUCGGACGUGGAGCCGGUCAACGGCAGGACAAACGGACUCGCCCAUCGAAAAUGCCGCGCUUACGAUCAGAUGCUCCCACACGAGGAUGGGUGAGACGGGCUUUUGUAG